GGGGAAGUGAUCGUUCCGGGGGAUGGCGAGUCCUUUUCCUUUUCCUUUUCCUUUUCCCGUUCUUUCGCGGUGAUGUAGGGCGACAAUAAAAGGUGGAAUCACUCGUAAAUACACAACAGGAGGACCCAUGACCCUGACAAGAGGUUCCUUCACCUACUCCAACGGCGAGGAGUACCAUGGAGAAUGGAAAGAAGGUCUCCGCCACGGUCUGGGUCAGCUAACCUUCGGCGAUGGCACGUGUUACAUGGGGCAGUUUGAGAAUGGCCUCUUCAACGGCUGUGGGGUGUUGGUCUUCCCUGACGGCUCCAGGUACGAAGGGGAAUUCGUCCAGGGGAAAUUCCAAGGCGCCGGCGUCUUCAGUCGCUUUGAUGGGAUGAAGUUUGAAGGCGAGUUCAAAGGCGGGUGUGUGGACGGCUAUGGACUGCUGACGUUUGUAGACGCUGGUCCGGGUGUUGUGAGCAGCCACGAAGGCCUGUUUGAGACCAACCAGCUGGUGAAGAAGGAGGCGUGCCAGGGAGCUGUGCAGCGGGCACAGGGGGCAGCCGGGAAGGCCCGCGCCCUGACCAUGUGACCCAUAUGACCCAGACGGUUUUACCCACCGAACCCCACCCUCAGGAUUGUCCUGCCAUCUCCCUCUGGGCUUGACUCUUAUCAUUGGUAAACAAAACCAAUAACACAAACCAAUGCUCCCUUAAUUCAGAACCGAUUAAUUGCCCCAUUCACCCAUCUGUAUUCCAGACUAUUUUUCUAUGAUCUCUUCUCUCUCGCUCAUAUCAGUUGGAACUGUUUACAUAUUUCAAAAUCAUUAUCUCACAAGCAGCUGUCCUUCCUCUCACCAUAACUAUCCACACGCAAUGAACUUGAUUUCCUAAUGCCCUGCAGUCUGCAGGAUCCCCUUGUGUUUUAAAGGAUAGAUCUGCUUUUCUUUUUUUUUUGG